GCCGGCAGUGUGAGACGGGGAGGCGGCCGCGAGAGAUCACGGAGCUUGCUGUGCGCGUUGAAGACGGGACGAGCUGGACUGACAGUGUCAACUCAGUGUCAACGCGGUGUCGGCGCGGUGUCGACUCAGUGUGAACGCAGUGUCAACGGGCCUGGCAGAGAGCAGGCGGUUCGACAGGCGUAGCGUAGCGUAGCCCCGCCAGCGAGUUUGCGAGUGCAGUGUGCAGUGCGUGCGAGUGCGCUUUGGCCGCUGCAGUGUGCCGCACACAGUGCACACAGUGUGCCGGCCGUGCCGUGGCGUGCCACGUCUAGUGCCCGGCGUGCCUUGGUGACCGUGGUGCAGCAGCCAGCGCGGCCAGCGCAGCACAAAGGCUUCGCGGCUUCGCCUUCAACAUGACGGUGGGCAUGGGCGCGACGGUGGCCGUGGCCACGGAGGCCACCGCGACGUCGUCCUCGGCGUCCGCCAUCUCCGCGGACCAGGACCAGGCCGACCAGGCGCGGUCGGCGAGCAGGACGGCCUCCAGGACGGCCUCCAGGACGGCCGCCGGCCUCCAGGACGCCGGCGUGGGCGCCGCGACGUGGGGCCACGACCCGGAACGGGCGCCGGCCAGCAUCGCCGGGCUGUACUUCGGGGACCAUGGAGCCCACGGGCAUGACAUCGAGUCCCUCUUCAUUGAUUCCUGUCUGCCAAGUAACUGUGUGGAUGCGGUGACAAAUCUUAUGGCCUUCCACCCAACGUAUUUGGACAUCUAUCGAACUACACAGAACUUCAUUCUUCGUGGAGAUGGACCUCUGCCUUUUGAUUACCGGCAUUAUAUUGCCAUCAUGGCUGCAGGACGACAUCAGUGCGAUUACCUAAUCAAUAUGCAGAAGCAGGAAUUCCUGAUGCAGGGAGGAAAUCAAAUGUGGCUGAAAGGUUUAAGCCACAUUCCACCAAAACUGCACGAUCUCUAUGAAAUAAAUAAAAUCCUAGCACAUCGGCCGUGGUUACUAAAUAAAUCUCACAUAGAGAAACUUACCAAAGGACAGGACAGCUGGUCAUUGGCCGAAGUUGUGCAUGCUCUAGUGCUGCUUGCUCACUUCCACUCCUUGGCAAGCUUUGUCUUUGGAUCAGGGAUCAACGAUGAACCAAGAUACCACUUAAGUUGUGAAACUACCAGAGUAGAAGAGCCUGUAUUAACCCUUUCUCCUCCUCCUCAUAGUUCUAAAGCACAGACCACAACAGUAAAGCUUGAUGAGCGCAAAGGUUUCAAAGAUGAGAAUCCAGUUGCCAUGUCCCCAACUGAACCCGAAGUUGGAGUUGAUACGCUUAUGGAAAGGAUGAAGACCCUAUCAGAGCGCUCAGAGGAAGUCUCUGCUGAGGAGCACAAGAAAAGAUUUGAACAUGUUGAAUCUCAGAGUGCAGAGCUGUCUGUACCUCUUGGCCAGCGUACUCCACCCAUAAAACCAGACAUCAGUCAUUUUGUAGAAGAUCCGAAGUUUGCUUAUGUGGACUUUGCUCAUCGUGGUGUUCAGAUUCCCACUUUCAGAGUUCAGGAUUACUCUUGGGAUGACCAUGGCUAUUCCUUGGUGAAUCGGCUCUACAGUGAAGUUGGCAACCUUCUGGAUGAGAAGUUUAAGACAACUGCCAGUUUAACAUACAACACCAUGGGAGGGAGACAAGAUGUUGACACUACAACAUUUCGUAGAGCUGUUUGGAAUUACAUACAGUGUAUAUAUGGCAUAAGGCAUGACGAUUAUGACUAUGGAGAGGUCAACCAACUUGUUGAGCGAUCCCUCAAGGCAUUCAUUAAGACAGCUUGCUGCUAUCCUGAGAGGCUAACAAGGCGAGAUUAUGACAGAGUGAUGCGCGAAUUUUUGCAUUCAGAAAAGAUCCAUGUAAAUCUUAUGAUCCUGGAAGCUAGAAUGCAAGCGGAAUUAAUGUAUGCCUUGCGGGCCAUGAUGCGGUACAUGACAUAAAAAUUAUGCCCAACUUCAUCAAGUUUCAGCUCUAAAAAUAUUUCACAUGUGUCAUUUCUAAGCUUACAUAAUUGAGGAAAUGUGUCAGAAAAAGCUGAACUAUGCACAACUGUAUCAGUUUUGGAAGCUAGUACGAAUUUGUGAUCUUUCCCUGUGGAUUGAAUUUCUUCAAAGUUAAAAGCAGUAAAUGUUAGUCUUAAAUUCGAUAAUCAAAUUACUGUGCUUUGAAUCAUAGUCAAAGUGCCAAUCAUGAAUUAUUUAUUGAGAUAGGUCUGGUGCUUUGACACCAACAACUCAACUAUGCAUAUUUUGUUUUAAAUGCGACAAAAUGUCUCCGUCAUUAAUUUCCAAACAAGCAGGUGUUGCAUUUGCAUUUUGGCAGUAACCGAUUUAUGGUAAUUUGAACAAGCUAUCUUGGAAGGAAGGUUUCUGUUUCUUCCGCUUCAAGGAUUUCACAACCUUCCAGCCCUAGCAAAGUAAUGAUUGUGUGUUAGUGUAUGAGUGUGUGAGUGAACAUGAAUGUGUGUUUGAGUGUGUGUGUUGUGUGCAUAAGAGUGCACCUAUUCAUGAGCUUUUUUAUUUUUGUAGUGGGUCAUUAGCACUUGACCAUCAACUCAUGCUUUCAUUAAAUUCCUCAUAAGAGUAAAUUCAGAUAAUAGACCUUUGUGCUAUUAGAGCCACGAGUCAUAGACUCCACCUCUACCUGUGACGUAACUAGCCUGGUGUGACAUUUAAGUAGGCAGUUGUUGACUAAGACCAGAGCUGUUUCUGCUCACUUCAUAUUCGUAUACAUGCUAAAACUAUAUUCCAAAAAACAUAUCUGACUUUAAAAUGCAUAUCUGCAAAUGUCUGUGAAAGACUGUUUGUUUGUUUCAUUUCUAUGCAAGUCACAAAAUAGACAGCUCACAAAUGUAAAGAAAUCAUGUGAUGGUCACCAAAAGUGCUCUCUAUUACUCAUCUGUUUUUUUAUUUGUUUUCUUUAAAGAAUUAUGAUCUCAGUAUUAUACACCUAAAGAAUUUUGAAUUGGUUGGAGGUCAUGAGGUAUAUUGGCAAUGGAAAGCCAAAAAUGAAGUUGUGCUUCAAUUCAAAGAUGCCCUGUGGAAGAUUGGACUGCUGAAAAUACCCUUCAGGCAAAUGUGGUUACCCAUGCCUGCCUUCCAACAUUAAAUAGUCUAGUCCUCUGGUGUUGCAAAAAGGUCAAAAACAUUUCUUGCUUCUAAUUUGUUUUUAAGGUUUAAAGUAACAAUGGACCUAUAAUUGGAUCUUUAUCAAAUGAAGUCUUCUGUCCUCAUUCAUGUCUUCAUAUGUUACACAAUAUUUAUAAUAUUACCAUUAUGUUAUCUGUGAUGUUUCUAAUUACUAAUGUAGACAUAAAAUAGUGAGAGUAUUUAUAUAACUUUUCAAUGUAAAAGACAACCAAAAUUUCCACAACGACCACUUGUGUUUGUUCUAAAUUGCUAUUAUGUAUGACGAAUUUCUGAAGAGCAGAUAUCCUUGUGAUAUGAUCACAAAGGUUGAAGCUAGAGUGUCAUUGUAUAACAGACCAGUAUGCAACAGGAAUGGCAGUGACUAGUUGCAUGUAGUAAAUUGUGAUUUCCUGUGAGCAUCAUUACCACCCUUUGCAAUGUAAAGAAAUUUUAAUGUAAUUUUAUUAUUUUAUUGUGCAGUUGUGUUUCAGACCUAUUUAUUAAAGCCCAUGUUUGAUA